UUUCAGCACCAUAUAUCUUGGACAGCUCCCUGCCAGCCCGGCUCCAGCUUAAAGCUACUUUCAGCUUAAGAAAUCGCCGGACUGAUUCGUCAGGAAAAGUCAAGCUGAACCCCUGCUUUUCUGUGACCCUCCCUUCCCUAAAUCUUUAGCUUCAGUUCAUUUGCAAGCACCAGUAGCCUCAAGAGGGUGGCCUGCUUCCCAGGCAGCCAUGGCAGAGCGAAGAGAGCAGCAGCCGGAGAAGAAAGAGGAAGACCUCCCCGAUUACUUCGCGGCACUCGGCGCCGGGAGCCCCAAGCCCAGGCAGAAAUACGGAGGCAUGUUUUGCAACGUAGAGGGCGCCUUUGAAAACAAAACCCUGAACUUUGCUUCCUUCAGUUGUGAGAAAAGAAACGAGAGUCGGAAGCUUAACCGAGAAGACUCCAGCCAGCAGUCCAGCGAAUCGGAACAGCAGAUUGAAACCAGCAAUGGGACAACUUCAGUGCCAGAGCCGUGUCCGCCUUCACCUGGGAUUAGGGAGCAGCUGCCUACCGGUGGCCGUCAGACUGACCGGUUGCUCAUCAAAGGAGGAAAGAUUGUCAAUGAUGAUCAAUCAUUUUAUGCAGAUAUCUUUGUGGAAGAUGGUUUGAUUAAGCAAAUUGGAGAAAACCUGAUAGUUCCUGGAGGUGUGAAAACAAUUGAUGCUUAUGGCCAGUUAGUUAUGCCAGGUGGAAUAGAUGUCCACACUAGAUUACAGAUGCCUUUGAUGGGAAUGACCUCUGCUGAUGACUUUUACCAAGGCACAAAAGCAGCUCUUGCAGGAGGAACCACCAUGAUACUUGAUCACGUAUUCCCUGAAUCUGGAACAAACCUCCUGAUAGCCUAUGAUCAGUGGAAGGAAAGUGCUGAUAGUAAAGCCUGCUGUGACUAUUCUCUGCACAUUGACAUCACACGUUGGCAUGAGAGUAUAAAAGAAGAGCUGGAAGCUCUUGUCAAAGACAAAGGUGUGAACUCUUUUCUUGUUUUCAUGUCCUAUAAAGACAAACUCCAGUGCACUGAUGCUCAGAUGUAUGAAAUAUUCAGUCUUAUUCGCGAAAUGGGUGCCAUUGCCCAAGUCCAUGCAGAAAAUGGAGACAUCAUUGAUGAGGAGCAAAAAAGACUCUUGGAAUUGGGGAUUAUUGGUCCAGAGGGUCAUGUCCUCAGUCACCCAGAAGAGGUUGAAACAGAGGCGGUGUAUCGUGCUAUUACUAUAGCGAAACAAGCCAAUUGCCCCUUAUAUGUCACAAAGGUUAUGAGCAAAGGCGCUGCAGAUGUCAUAGCACAAGCCAAAAGGAAAGGCACCAUUGUAUAUGGAGAGCCCAUUACAGCAAGUCUUGGUACUGAUGGCUCACAUUACUGGAGUAAGAAUUGGGCAAAAGCGGCAGCAUUUGUCACAUCUCCACCUAUCAGUCCAGACCCCACAACUCCUGACUAUCUCACUUCACUCUUAGCCUGUGGGGAUCUGCAAGUGGUGGGCAGCGCUCACUGUGCCUUCACCACGGCGCAGAAGGCUGUUGGAAAGGAUAACUUCGCUCUGAUUCCAGAAGGAACAAAUGGCAUUGAAGAACGAAUGUCAGUAAUUUGGGAAAAAUGCGUGGCAGCAGGGAAGAUGGAUGAAAAUGAAUUUGUAGCAGUGACCAGUACUAAUUCAGCCAAGAUUUUCAACUUCUAUCCCAGGAAGGGGCGUAUUGCUGUGGCAUCAGACGCUGAUCUGGUUAUUUGGAAUCCUAAAGCUACAAAGAUCAUUUCUGCAAAAACUCACAACUCGAAUGUGGAAUACAACAUAUUUGAAGGAACUGAGUGUCAUGGUGUCCCUACAGUGGUUAUAAGUCAAGGGAAGGUUGUAUUGGAAGAUGGAAACCUCUGUGUCACUCCAGGUGUUGGCCGUUUCGUUCCUCGAAAGACAUUUCCUGAUUUUGUUUACAAAAGAAUAAAAGCCCGGAAUAGGCUGGCUGAAAUCCACGGGGUACCUCGUGGACUUUAUGAUGGACCUGUUCAUGAUGUCAUAGUAACUGCUAAAGCUGUUGCUCCAGCUCCUACCUCAAGGAUAGCUACUUGCUCAGGCAAAAUACAGGUUCCACCAAUCCGCAACCUUCAUCAGUCAGGCUUCAGUCUGUCUGGAUCUCAAGCAGAUGACCAUAUUGCAAGGCGUACUGCGCAGAAAAUUAUCGCCCCUCCAGGUGGACGCUCCAAUAUUACAUCUCUGUCAUAAUAAUUUCCGGCUGAAAAUACCUGCAUAUAACCUUAAUUAUAACUGGCCAUGCCCAGCCGCUAUUAAAACCCAUGGCCUAAAUUUCCCACUGGUAUCAAUGGAUCUUAAAACAACUUCUCUAUGGCCUUGAUUUCCAUUAGGAUAGAUGAAUUAUGCAGGUGCAUUUAACAUUCUUUUUAAGUUACUUACAAUUAUGAAAAGAAUCUGCCUUGUCUACACUCCCCAAGCACCUCUUUUUACUGGAAGUAUUUGGAAAAUAGAUUAUUUUACACUGCCAAAUUAAAGUGCUUGAAUGGGAGUCUAUAACAAAGAAAUAUGAAAAUGAUUUACCUUCUAACUCAGGAUAAAAUUUCCCACUUUUUUUUUCUAAGUCAAAACAGUAAAUAUACCCUUUCCCAAUGUAUAGAUUUAAUUACAUAUAGUAAAUGUCUUCCCUGUUUUCCCCUAAAUCUUCAUAAACAUGCCUGCAAUUGUACAGAUUUCUAAUGAAAAACUUUGUGAAAUGCUAGUUGGAGAUUAGGUUAUAUCCAAGAAAUACCUGAAUACGUGUUUUUGAUGUUCUACCAAUAAUUUAUGCCUUUUGUCUGGGAAUGACUCCUGUACUAUUUUAAUACAACUUAUUUCUAUUCCCCCGCCCUUUUUUUUACUGAAAACAACCUACACACAUAAGGCCAAAUGCUUAUCUAUCUUGUUCUUCUGUACGCAUAAUGGUAAGCCUUAAAUUGUUUUCUUUUACCAUGGUGAAGUAUUACAUUUGAAUACCUAAAGAAGUGGAAUAGUUUGUUUGUUUGUUUUUUCAGAAGAGCAUGUCAGGUGCCACAGUCCCCCAAAAUUGUGAAGCCAUUGCAAAAACUGCAACUGAUUUCAUUUCAUUUGCACUUUCAUUUAAUUGAAUGAUUGCUGGUAAUUGAGAAAUUCUCCAAUAGCUGCCCUAAAAACUUCUAUGGAGUUUUGUGUCGAUGGAAGCCAUAGACAUUUGCUAGGGAAAAAGACAAGAGAUGAAACAUGCAUCCAAUGUUGCAAUGCAAUUGCAAAAGUGCAGACCUAAGUGCUGCACAUAUUGUCAUUGACAUUGUAUGUGGGUGUGGAAAGUACAUGUGGGCCUAACAAAGUAUACUUCUGACCUAGAUCAUGGCUAAUGAUUGAUGUCAAAAUGAGGAGAGCACAAUUGGAAAUAGGUUUACAAAGUUAGUUUAAAUUUACAAUUAAUAAUUUAAUCCCAAAUAAACCAUGGAUAAUAAAACAUUCUUCCCCUUCUACCAGUCUUGCUUAUAAUGUGACAGGUAGAUUUCAUUCAGUUACAUUUCUGCUUUUGCCUUGAGUGUGCUUAGGACAGCUAUGGUUUUGUUGUAUUUUUGGAAUCUUCAUUAAGGUUAAGGCUAUGAACUAUGGCUGGAACUAAUCAUGGUUUCAUGUAAGGUCUCAAAGUCGUUCCCAAUAUUUUUUUGAUCCUGCCAGAUGAUGAAGAGCUACUUCACCAAAUAGAGUGUAUCAGAAUUAUUGCCCUGAAGUUGAUUGUUGCAAUUUACCAGUAAGCAUUUAUCAAGCCAGAAAGGGCUUAUGAUUUAGUAUAUCUAUAAAUCAGUAGGAGAUUCUUGAACAUAUUGUUAGGAAACAUUGUCACUCAGUAUUGUGGCAGCAUGGAUAUAUUAAAUACAAAUGUGCUCUGAAUAUUGAUGGAAGUAGGUGUCAUAGUGUCUCUUUAGAGCUGGUAUAUAAAUGCUAGUCUUUAAAGAUAGCAGAAUUUUUUAACACAAUUGUGGAGGUGCCAGUGUGUUUUUAGUCUUUGGUUAGUCUUGAAUUUUUAAAGCAAAUUAUUUAUAUACUUUUUUAUUUAUAAGUGUAGACCUUAUAAAUAAAAAAGCACGUUUAUGGAGGUCAGCUGCAUACAGUUAACUUUUUAUAAGACUUAAAGACAGGCUUAUUAUAUUUAAAACACUGUACAGCAAAUAUGAUCUUAUAUAUUCCAUAUUAUCCCAUAAAAUGAUGGCUGUGACUCAUUUUGCCUUUGUUAUUUACAUUCAAUAAAAUUCUUGAAAAUUA